AUGGGGACGGCGCUGCUGCUGCAGCGCGGAGGGGGCUGCUUCGCGCUGUGCCUGUCGCUGCUGCUGCUGGGCUGCUGGGCCGAGCUGGGCAGCGGCCUGGAGUUCCCGGGCGCCGAGGGCCAGUGGACGCGCUUCCCCAAGUGGAACGCGUGCUGCGAGAGCGAGAUGAGCUUCCAGCUGAAGACGCGCAGCGCCCGGGGCGGGCUGGUGCUCUACUUCGACGACGAGGGCUUCUGCGACUUCCUGGAGCUCAUCCUGACGCGGGGCGGCCGCCUGCAGCUCAGCUUCUCCAUCUUCUGCGCCGAGCCCGCCACGCUGCUGGCCGACACGCCCGUCAACGACGGCGCCUGGCACCGCGUGCUCAUCCGCCGCCAGUUCCGCAACACCACGCUGCUCAUCGACCAGGGCGGCCGCGGCGCCGAGGCCAAGUGGGUGGAGGUCAAGUCCAAGCGGCGCGACAUGACGGUGUUCAGCGGCCUGUUCGUGGGCGGGCUGCCCCCCGAGCUGCGCGCCCCCGCCGCCGCGCUCAAGCUCACGCGCGCCGCCGUGCGCGAGCGCGAGCCCUUCCGCGGCUGGAUCCGCGACGUGCGCGUCAACGCCAGCCUGGCGCUGCCCCUGGACAGCGGCGACGUGCGCCUGGACGACGAGCCGCCCAGCAGCAGCGGCGGCGGCGGCGGCGGCCCCUGCGAGGCCGGGGGCGGCGGCGGCGGCGACGAGGGCGAGGGCGGCGUGUGCCUCAACGGCGGCGUGUGCUCCGUGGUGGACGACCAGGCCGUGUGCGACUGCUCGCGGACCGGCUUCCACGGCAAGGACUGCAGCCAAGAAGACAACAAUGUGGAAGGUCUGGCGCACCUGAUGAUGGGCGACCAAGGAAAAGAAGAAUACAUUGCCACUUUCAAGGGAUCUGAAUACUUCUGCUACGACUUGUCUCAAAACCCCAUCCAGAGCAGCAGCGACGAAAUAACUCUGUCCUUUAAAACCCUCCAAAGGAAUGGACUGAUGCUUCACACCGGGAAAUCCGCCGAUUAUGUCAAUCUUGCCCUGAAAAAUGGAGCGGUCUCUCUGGUCAUUAAUUUGGGAUCAGGGGCCUUUGAAGCCCUAGUGGAGCCCGUGAAUGGAAAGUUUAAUGAUAAUGCCUGGCAUGAUGUGAAAGUCACCAGGAAUCUGCGUCAGGUGACAAUCUCAGUGGAUGGGAUUCUUACCACAACGGGCUACACGCAAGAAGAUUACACCAUGCUGGGUUCUGAUGACUUUUUCUAUGUCGGAGGCAGUCCCAGCACAGCAGACCUCCCAGGGUCACCAGUCAGUAACAACUUUAUGGGCUGUCUCAAAGAGGUUGUAUAUAAAAAUAAUGAUGUAAGGUUGGAAUUAUCUCGACUUGCCAAACAAGGAGACCCUAAGAUGAAGAUCCAUGGAGUAGUGGCAUUUAAAUGUGAGAAUGUUGCAACUUUGGACCCAAUCACCUUUGAAACCCCAGAGUCUUUCAUCUCUUUGCCUAAAUGGAAUGCAAAGAAGACAGGCUCUAUAUCAUUUGAUUUCCGCACAACAGAGCCAAAUGGCCUCAUCUUGUUUAGCCAUGGCAAGCCAAGACACCAAAAAGAUGCCAAGCACCCACAGAUGAUCAAGGUUGACUUCUUUGCUAUUGAGAUGCUGGAUGGCCACCUCUACCUCCUCCUAGACAUGGGGUCAGGUACAAUAAAAAUCAAAGCCCUGCAGAAGAAGGUGAAUGAUGGAGAAUGGUAUCACGUGGACUUCCAGAGAGACGGACGGUCAGGUACCAUUUCCGUCAACACCCUGCGCACCCCCUACACCGCCCCCGGGGAGAGCGAGAUUCUGGACCUGGAUGACGAGCUGUACCUGGGGGGCCUCCCGGAGAACAAGGCCGGCCUGGUCUUCCCCACCGAGGUGUGGACGGCUCUGCUCAACUACGGCUAUGUGGGCUGCAUCAGGGACCUGUUCAUCGACGGCCAGAGCAAGGACAUCCGGCAGAUGGCCGAGGUGCAGAGCACCGCGGGCGUGAAGCCCUCCUGCUCCAGGGAGACAGCAAAACCGUGCCUUAGCAACCCCUGCAAGAACAGCGGCGUGUGCAGGGACGGGUGGAACCGCUAUGUCUGCGACUGCUCCGGAACGGGCUACCUGGGCAGGUCCUGCGAGAGAGAGGCAACGGUUCUGAGCUACGACGGGAGUAUGUUCAUGAAGAUCCAGCUGCCCGUGGUCAUGCACACAGAGGCUGAGGAUGUGUCCUUACGGUUCCGAUCCCAGCGUGCAUAUGGCAUUCUCAUGGCCACCACCUCCCGGGACUCAGCAGACACCCUCCGCCUGGAGCUGGACGCAGGGCGUGUGAAACUGACGGUCAACCUAGAUUGUAUCAGGAUUAACUGUAAUUCCAGCAAAGGUCCCGAGACCCUUUUUGCCGGCUAUAACCUCAAUGAUAACGAAUGGCACACAGUGCGUGUGGUCCGUCGAGGAAAAAGUUUAAAAUUAACGGUGGAUGACCAGCAGGCCAUGACAGGUCAAAUGGCAGGCGAUCAUACCAGAUUAGAAUUUCAUAACAUAGAGACUGGCAUCAUCACCGAACGGCGGUAUCUGUCUUCUGUCCCCUCCAACUUCAUUGGACACCUUCAGAGCCUGACAUUUAAUGGAAUGGCAUACAUUGACUUGUGUAAAAAUGGUGACAUAGAUUACUGUGAGCUCAAUGCCAGGUUUGGCUUUCGGAACAUCAUAGCAGACCCUGUUACCUUCAAGACCAAAUCAAGCUAUGUUGCCUUAGCUACAUUGCAAGCCUACACUUCUAUGCAUCUUUUUUUCCAGUUCAAGACAACAUCCCUAGAUGGACUAAUUCUAUAUAACAGUGGGGAUGGAAAUGACUUUAUUGUGGUUGAAUUAGUGAAAGGGUACUUACAUUACGUGUUUGACUUGGGAAAUGGUGCUAACCUCAUCAAAGGGAGCUCAAAUAAACCCCUCAAUGACAAUCAGUGGCACAAUGUGAUGAUAUCAAGGGACACCAGCAAUCUCCACACUGUAAAGAUUGACACGAAAAUCACAACGCAAAUCACCGCCGGAGCCAGGAACUUGGACCUCAAGAGUGACUUGUAUAUAGGAGGAGUGGCGAAAGAAACAUACAAAUCCUUGCCAAAACUCGUCCAUGCCAAGGAAGGCUUUCAAGGCUGCCUGGCAUCAGUUGAUCUAAAUGGACGGCUUCCAGACCUCAUCUCAGAUGCCCUUUUCUGCAAUGGACAGAUCGAGAGAGGAUGCGAAGGGCCCAGCACAACCUGCCAAGAGGACUCGUGUUCCAAUCAGGGCGUGUGCCUGCAGCAGUGGGAUGGCUUCAGCUGUGACUGCAGCAUGACCUCCUUCAGUGGCCCGCUCUGCAAUGACCCUGGGACAACGUAUAUCUUUAGCAAAGGUGGUGGACAAAUCACAUACAAGUGGCCUCCUAAUGACCGGCCAAGUACACGAGCAGACAGACUGGCCAUAGGGUUUAGCACUGUUCAGAAAGAAGCCGUAUUGGUGCGAGUGGACAGUUCUUCUGGCCUGGGGGACUACCUAGAGCUGCAUAUACACCAAGGGAAAAUUGGAGUUAAGUUUAAUGUGGGGACAGAUGACAUCGCCAUCGAAGAGUCCAAUGCGAUCAUUAACGAUGGGAAGUACCAUGUAGUGCGUUUCACGCGGAGCGGUGGCAAUGCCACAUUACAGGUGGACAGCUGGCCAGUGAUCGAACGCUACCCUGCAGGGCGUCAGCUCACAAUCUUCAAUAGCCAAGCAACCAUAAUAAUUGGCGGGAAAGAGCAGGGCCAGCCCUUCCAGGGCCAGCUCUCUGGGCUUUACUACAAUGGCUUGAAAGUUCUGAAUAUGGCAGCUGAAAAUGAUCCCAACAUCGCCAUAGUGGGAAAUGUGAGACUGGUUGGUGAAGUGCCUUCCUCUAUGACAACUGAGUCGACAGCCACUGCCAUGCAGUCAGAGAUGUCCACGUCCAUUAUGGAGACCACCACGACCCUGGCCACUAGCACAGCCAGAAGAGGAAAGCCCCCUACGAAAGAGCCCAUUAGCCAGACCACAGAUGACAUCCUUGUGGCCUCAGCAGAGUGUCCCAGCGAUGACGAGGACAUUGACCCCUGUGAGCCGAGCUCAGGUGGGUUAGCCAACCCAACCCGGGCAGGCGGCAGAGAGCCAUACCCAGGCUCCGCAGAAGUGAUCCGGGAGUCCAGCAGCACCACUGGCAUGGUGGUGGGCAUAGUGGCCGCUGCCGCCCUGUGCAUCCUCAUCCUCCUCUAUGCCAUGUACAAGUACAGAAACCGGGAUGAAGGCUCAUACCACGUGGACGAGAGCCGAAACUACAUUAGUAACUCAGCGCAGUCCAAUGGGGCUGUCGUAAAGGAGAAACAACCCAGCAGUGCGAAAAGCGCCAACAAAAACAAGAAGAACAAGGACAAAGAGUAUUACGUCUGA